AUGAUGAAUGAAAAGAUAUACGAUGUCAAAGCAUUUCCUUCGUUAUACGACCUGAAUGAGAGUGUCUUCUGUGGUACAUAUAAAAAUGGCCUUCUAAUGGCAGAGUCUGCGCGCGGUAUCUGCGGCCAGGAGGGCUGCCGCGAAACGCGUUACUAUAUCGAGAACGGCUUGUGGUUUUGUCGUCAAGGGCAUCAACAGCAGGGCCAGGAAGUUGUUGUGGACGACGAGAACUUCGGCGCCCAUGGCAGAACAGCCCGGCGGAAGAAGGUCCAGGCUGAACGAAGAUCCAAAACUUAUCAUGGAAGUGAUGCAUUCCAGCUGUUCCUUGAAGCCUAUCAGCUUUUGCUGUGGAAACAAUGUCACGCCCUGAUUCAUGUCAAGGGGCUUCCCUCAGAACUCGAGCGGAUUGUAAAGGAGCUAUGGAUUCUCCGGCUCGAGAAGAUUUAUGAAGGGAGGGACGAUAUCUAUGCCGACGACGAGAAUUCCACCCAGCUCUUCAGUUCUCAGACUGGCGUAUCAAAUGAAAUUGAUAAAGAAGAGUAUCGAUAUCACAAACGGAAACUCAGUACUUCGCCGCGAGUAAUUGACUCUUUAGCUCUCUGUUACUUGGGUACAUUAUUACUCCGGCUUCCAGUGAGCAUUGGGUAUCUGCAAAAGUGGGUUGCUGAGGAUGAAAUACCGUUCAUGAGGCCUCUCCGUUUUAUACCCUCAGAAAUGAAAGACCGGCUCCCUGCCAUAUAUCACGUCGCUUUUGAUACAAGGAAUCUUCCUGUUGGGGAUCAAGUUCACCGAGCCGUUGCAGACAUGAUAAUGCUUUAUCACCGUGGUUUUAGCAUGGAGUUUCCAGCCGUCAACACAUCAUUACUCCUUUUCUCGUUUCCCAAAGAUGUGACUGGGAAGUUUCGUCGUCUAUACCUACCAGAAGUGCAACUAAUGUGCCUUGUAAUUGUUGCUACUAAGCUUCUGUUCCCAUUUGACAACGUCAAAAGAUACCCACCGGCGCCAAAUGAUCCUUCCGUCCAGGUUAUGGAUUGGGAGAAAUGGGCUGAAGCUCAAAACACAUUUGACAGUAGGGGGAUUUCACAGGGGUUCCUCACAAAUGGUGCUGCAAUGAAAGCCACAGAGAUGGAUGCAAUGGAAAUGACACAGCAACAGCUAGAUGAAUACAUGGACUGGUACGAUAGGCUUUGGAUUGCUGUAAAGGUAGGGUGGCCACUUCAUUGUACCAUGCAAGCCGUCCGCUAA